UUCAUCGAUGAGACGUAGCCGAACUUAUUCAGAGAGGUGGACAAUGUCAAGUGGAAAGCGUUCGAGACAGAGUGGAGGAGAAUUAUCCCUGGAGUUAGCCGCACGAUAGGUCAAAGGACGGUCUCGGACCCUUCCAAGUGAUUCCACGAUAUCACCACUGCGGGAGCUUGUCUCGCUGACGAUCACAUCGACCUGGCCAUGGACUUGCUACGAGAUCGAGCUCAAAGACAUCCAAAAUCAUUUGAUGUACAUGGUCGAGUCAUACUAAACACCGAGUUCCUGCGUGCCAUUACCAUAGAGUAUCAGUCGCUCGAAUUUACGGGUAACGAGUACACGGUGCCAGAAUAUAUGCUCGAGUGGGUGAUAGGACUGUCACCGAGUAUCGGGGGAAAAUCAUGGGAGGGUUUUACACAUAUGUACUAUGUUACACUGGAGAUCGUAUUUGUUGACUCGACUAUAUAUGUGUACGACCCAGAUCAUUCAUAUUUGACACAAGGCCAGUUGAAGCAAAACCUAGAGUCCGUGGCUGUAAUUGUUCCUAUGAUGGCCAAACGAGUGGGGAUAAAUGUACAUGACAGAUUGCGGAUCGUUCGAAACAUGACGACAGUGCGACAAUCCGUAAGCAGCGACUGCGGCAUAUUUGCCAUUAAGUACGUUGAAUUUUUAGAUAUAGGAUAUAUGGUUGAUGAAAUCAACCAGUCGUGGAUACAGAACUGGAAAAAGAAGUUAGCAUGUGAUUUGUUCGAAUUUAAUGCUGACCCGUAAAUUUCAUUUAUAUAUAUGUAACA